AUUAAUUGAACAAUAAUUAAUGUGGAAAAUGAUAUGGACUCGGGCCGGCGACUGUGGAGCUGGGAACUGGGAAGGAUAAAGUGCUUUCUGUGGAGCGUUUUCUGUCCCCAGCGAGCUUCUCAUGGCGAUGAAAACCACCGUUUCUCCGCUUACUGAUUUCCAAUUCAAUAUCCACUUGCCAAAAAUUCAACCAAUGUCUCUGAAUUCGAGCUACGCCUUGCCCCUGCCCUUCUCAGUUCGUUGUAAUCAAAACCUCCCCCUUCAUUUUCGCCGACGAUUUCUGCACUCUUCUGUCAUUCAGCGCCGUCGAUCUCUGCCGUCGACUUGUUUCGUAUCAGACGGAACUGCAUACAAUGUGGAGGCAAAGGCCACUACCGAUGAUCUGUCUCUUGAAGUGAAGAAGAAAGCAAUGGAUGUAGCUCCUGAAUUGAAAGGAACUUCCAUCUUUCUCGUGGGGAUCAACAGCUCCCUAAAAACUAAGUUGGGGAAACUCCUUGCUGAUAUGUUGAGAUAUUAUUACUUUGACAGGUACUUCUUGAGUGAUGGUUUGGUUGUGGAAGCUAGUGGUGGUGUGGCUGCUGCCAAACUUUAUAAGGAGAGUGAUGAAAAUGGUUUUCGGGCAUCCGAGACUGAAGUGUUAAAACAAUUAUCUUCAAUGGGUCGACUAGUUGUUUGUGCUGGAAAUGGUGCUGUUCGGAGCUCUACUAAUCUGGCGCUUUUGAGGCAUGGCAUAACGUUAUGGAUUGAUAUACCCCUACAGAUAAUAGCAGAGGAAUUUGCUGAAGAUCGUGGGCAACUUCCAGUAUUUGAUAUAUCUACUUCUGGAUCUUAUUCAGAGGUGCUGGGUCAAAUAACUUCCCUAUACCAAGAAAUAAAAGUAGGAUAUGCCACGGCUGAUGCUUCAAUAUCACUCCAAAAACUAGCAAGUACAUUAGGAUACGAUGACUUCAAUGCUGUUACAACCGAAGACAUGGCUUUGGAGGCUCUGAAGGAGAUAGAAAAGCUGAUAAGAGUGAAGAAGAUGAUGGAAGCAGCAGCAAAACCUUUUUAAUAAAAAAUGCAGCUUGUCUUCUAUGGUGUUCAUAUAAAACGAUCAAGAGCCCCAAUCAGGUAGCUUUUUUCCCAUCUGGGGUAAGCCAUUCUGGUCUGAUAAGGAUAUAUUUAUAAUAACCUUUCUCAUGCUUGUUAUUAUCAUAUUGCAGUUUUCUCAAACUCCUUAUUAAUAUUGUACUUGCAGAAAAAAAUUUAGAAGUCCAAACUAGUGCACUGACUCGAAAAUCGUAUCUUAUGAAAAAUGGAACAUGUUUACCUGAUGAUUUGUAACGCC